UCUUUGGUGUGUUUAUUUGUGGCUUUGCGCGAAGUUGAAAUUGAUGUGCAUUGUAUAUGGUUGUUUAUAAUGAACGUGGUGAACUUUACCUUGCACGUGGAUAAUAACAUAUAUUGACGGUAUUAGGCGCAAACGAUACGUUGAAACACUGUGAGGAUGAAUUUUACAUUCGGAACUCCUGUUUCCAAACCUGCUACAGGUUUUACCUUAUCUCUUCCCGCGGCGAGUACUGGCCUUUCUUUCCAGUGGAGACUGACACUAACACCAAAAACUACAGCCACUACGUCAACAGCUGCUGCAUCAGGAACAACAGUGCCAGCAGGAACAAGCACAGUGGCGACAACAACCGCUGCUACUGGCUUCAGCCUACCUUCCACUGCAGCAUCUGGCUUCUCCCUCAUCUCCAGUGCCGCUACAUCAACAGCUACAGGAACUGCACCCACGACCAUUCAGGCUAUAGCAAUAAGCUCAUCUGUACAGGCUGGACUGGGUGCAACCACUGUGGUUUCAAGUGCAGCAGGUACAACUUCCUCUCUUAACUUCAGUCAGCUUGAAGAAAACAUAAACAAAUGGACUCUGGAAUUGGAGGAACAAGAGAAAGUUUUCAUGAAUCAGGUUGUGCAGAUUAAUGCAUGGGACCGCAUGCUUAUUUCUAAUGCUGAAAAGAUUGUGAAUUUGAAUAGUGCUGUGGAACAAGUCAAGCUAGAGCAGCAACAGCUGGAACAUGAACUAGAUUUCAUUGUGGCUCAGCAGCGAGAACUGGAAGAAUGCUUAGUUCCUUUGGAAAAAGAACUUGAGAACACUAUUACUACAGGAAUAGAUCCUGAGCGGGAGCGAACUUACGAUUUGGCUGAGAAUCUGGAUUCUCAGCUGAAACAGAUGUCGGAAGAUCUCAAGGAACUUAUUGAUCUGUUGAAUGAAAUGAAUCGCAGUGGCAAGGAUUCAAAUGAUCCGUUUGUGCAAAUUGGCCGGAUUUUAAAUGCUCAUAUGAACUCUCUGCAGUGGAUUGAUGAAAACACUACUCAGCUCGCAACUCAGAUCGAACAAGUAUCAAAACUGCAUGACAUACUCAAAAGGGAGAAUGAACGAUCUUUCCAUCUUACUUAUGAUAAAGAUUAUUAAACUCUGUACAACAAACCACUGUAAUUAUGUUUUUCAAUAAAAACUCCGAAAUUAAUACUGAUUAAA